UUUCUCUUCAUACUUUGUAGCUGGUUUGUCGAGAACCAUUGCUUUUUUGUUUAGAGAUGUGUUAAGAGUUCAGGGCAGGCAGAUGUCGGUCGUUGUUUAGGCUCUGGAAGACAUCAAGCUGAUACGAUGCGAGGCCAAUGCUGCACGGACCCUCGCUUGGAUAUUUCGAGCACCACAUCAGAGAGAUGGGAGUUAUUCAAAGAGCCGUAAAGAGGAAAUGUUAACCGAGAGAAACGGAGAGAAGAGGAUCGUUGCCUUCUGAGAAGUGAACUAGCUUUCAGGGUAAUGAGCAAUAUGUGAACUUGUUAACUAGGCCUGUUCUCUUUGACCUUAAUUUAAACCGAGGAUUAGCCAUCUCAUCAGAGUUCUUGGUGAAAAGCCAAGGCUUGUUUUGCCUUGAGCGAACUCAAAAGAAGGAUUGGGAAGGAAACUAGCUGCUCAUUCCCUGAGAGAAAGCUUUUGCAUAUUUCCUUUGGCAAGGAACUUGAAGCGAUUAAAAAGCUAAUUUAUUUGGACCGACUUCAAGAAAAGAAAAACACCGCAUUUACAUUUAUUGCAGUAAUGGAUUUGGAUCAGUUCUAUAGCUCAGCCCAGGAGCAUGCUGUUUAUCUACCUGAAUUCAGCUCAUCAAAGGAUCCAAGAACUUAUUGAUAAUCUCCAUCUUCUCAGGCAAUGGAGCUUCGCAAGAGAGUUAAGCUGAGCAAGCUAAAACAUCACUUUGGACUUUCCCAGGAUGCACCAGCUAAAGGGAGAUGCAGCAGUAACAUGAUGUGGGGGGCAGAAAGGGCUAAUGCCUCUCAUGAGGGUAAAAGGGAGGUUUGUCUGCUCGGAGGAUCCGGUGCUUGUUCCGGUUCAUGCAUUCUGCCCCAGUGGCCUUGGCGACAGUGCGUUUCCAUGGCAGCAGGGCUGUUAUUAGCUGGGCUGCUGGCACUGACUCAGGCCUGGUGCGUCAACGCCAUACAUGAGAAUCUGCUGUGGUUCUCUCAGCUCACGGAAGUGGAGCGGGAGAUUUCGUUUCGGACAGAGUGUGGACUGUAUUACUCCUACUACAAGCAAAUGCUGCAGGCCCCGUCCAUACAGGAAGGGCUCUCAGAUUUGAUCCAUGACAACUUGACAGAAUCCAAGAGGACCAUUAAUCUCCUCCAGCGAAUGAACAUCUACCAAGAGGUCUUUCUCAGUGUUCUCUACAGAUUGUUGCCCAUACAGGCCUAUCUGGAGCCAGUAUAUUUCUACAUUUACACAGUGUUCUCGCUCCAAGCGGUGUAUGUGAUCGCGCUGUACCUCACAGCAUGGCUCCUGUCUGGUUCCUGGCUGGCUGGUACACUCACUGGGAUCUGGUACAUCCUCAACAGGGUAGAUACGACUCGUGUGGAGUUCACCAUCUCCCUCAGAGAGAACUGGUCUCUGCCCUUCCUAGCACUGCAGGUCACCGCUAUCACCUGUUACCUCAGGCCUCAGCUCACCGCCUUACAACAGAAGGUGAUGGUGUGGUUGAUGUAUGUGACGACGUUCUGUUUCUGCCUGACGUGGCAGUUCAACCAGUUCAUCCUGCUGGUUCAGGCUCUCAUCAUAUACACACUGGACUGUGUUGACUUCUUAACAACGACACAGGUGACCACUAUGUACCUUGUUCAAGUCAGCAGUCUGCUGAGUGUGUGGCUCCUCCAGUUCUGUAACUCCAUGAUACUGGGAUCACUGGUCCUGAGCUUCAUCGUAGCAGCACUCUUCAUCAGACACUGCCAGUCCGGUCUGAAGACAGGAGGCCUCCUGGUCCGUCUGGGCAAACUGCUCCUCCACAGCACCAUGGUUCUCCUCCUCACCUUCACCAUCAACUACCUGGCCAAGAAAGCACUACAGCUCAGAUCAGAUGAACACAUCUUUAAAUUCAUCAAGUCAAAGUUUGCCCUGGGGCCAACGAGGGACUUUGAUGCCAACCUGUAUCUGUGUGAGGAGGCCUUUGGGUUGUUGCCCCUCGACACCCUGGAGCGCCUGGCUGGCACCCUGCUGCUGUACCCCUACACCCUCACUCUGCUGCUGCUCAGCGGCAUGCUGGCAGUGGCUGCACUGCAGAAUCUGAGCAGACCUAAAGCAGGUUCAGCCGAGGAGAGGAAAGGAGCUGGAGCGGUGGCUUUUCGCCCAGAUGUGGCUUACAAUCUGUUGCAUACACUGUUCUACGGCCUCCUGGCUUUCAGCACCAUGAGGAUGAAGUACAUAUGGACCGGCCAUAUGUGUGCAGUGGCGGCCUAUGGUGUGUGUGGGAAGGAGUUGUGGACUCUUCUUCUCAACGCUCUCAGCUGCAACACUAAAGUUCUGUUGAGGCUUGUCAGAUACGCUGUUCCACUGUUGAUGAUCGGUUGCCUGUAUUACAAGUUCUGGCCUAAGCUGAUGGAGGAGUUAUCAGAACUGAGGGAGUUUUAUGAUCCAGACACUGUGGAGCUCAUGACCUGGAUUAGCACAAAGACCCCUAAGCGAGCUGUAUUUGCAGGCAGCAUGCAGCUGCUGGCUGGCAUCAAGCUGUGCACAGGCAGAGUUCUCACCAACCACCCCCAUUAUGAAGAUAAAGACCUGCGGGAGAGAACCAAACAGGUGUACCAGGUGUAUGCUCGCCAGUCUCCAGAGGAAGUCUAUGACAUCAUGAGGGCUAUCGGGGCCGACUAUGUGGUGCUGGAAAACAGCAUCUGUUAUGAGCGGAGGCACAGGCGAGGCUGCAGACUGCGGGACCUGCUCGACCUGGCCAACGGACACAUCAUGGACGGAGCGGGAGACAACGACCCGGACCUCCUCGCUGCCUCCCACCCUCGAUUUUGCGAGGCAAUUAAGACGGACACGGCAGCUUACACCGCUCUGUUCACCAGAACAUUCCAGAACAAAACCUUCCAUGUGUACCGGGUCAAGAAGAAACGCAAGAAAAGCGCCAAGAGCUCUUCAGAGCCCAGCGCGACUCAGUAGCAGGAUCAGGGUUGAGAGAAACCCCCGUCAGAGGCCAGAGGGGAGCGAGAUGGAGGAGAAGAAGAGAUAAAAGCACUGAAUCCUCACUGUUCCUCUGUCUCCUCUGUGCUCUGUGCCCAGCUGUGAUCAUGCCCAUUAUUUUUUCAACACAUGACUCUGUGAACUGUGGUGUUAGAGCACUGUGCCGGUUCAAGCUCGGGGCAGCAUUGUUUUAGUUAGUGGAGUGUGGAAGCACCUAUAGGAGACCUGCUUUGGGCUGUUCUGUCUCCAACUGCCCACCCUGCCCUCCAUCCUGCUCUCACUGGUGCAGAUAAACAGUCACAGAAAGAACUAUUAGGCUUCUUAGUGGGCCUGGAGCACCACAAGCAACUACUAGUCAUUUAGGUUCAUUUGGAGAAGUCAGUGUUCUUUCUGCACAGCAUUAAGACAUGAACACUAUUCACUGCAACUAAAAAAUAGUUAGAAUCAGAAAAAGAAAAGAACCUCUUUUGUCAAAUCUAUAAUUUUAAAACAUUUAAGUCACGAAAGUCAGAAGUAACCAAGUAAAAGUUAAAAAAAAGUAAAGUGAAUUCUUACAGUUUGAUUCAGGACAUUACAUAUUUGCCAUAGAGUUCAUCUUUGCCAGUGUAAAUAGGGGAGAAAAUGAAAUAUUUGUUGAGCUUAACAAAUCUUGCAAUUUUCAGUUUUUCUUUCAUGACCAUAAAACAUUUUUGCAAGUGCAAGUUGCCACUGCAACAUCAGUUACAUAGAGCAUGAAGAGUAGACAUUAGGGAUGAAAUAACCACAAUCACAAUUCACAAUCGCAAUUUGAUAAAAAAACAAAACAAAAAAAAAAACAUGCCAACUUCAAUGUGCC